GAGCAGAUUGCAUUAGAUAAAUGAUAAGAUACGCUAGUAGUAUGAACAAUUCUACAGGGACAGUUAUGAACACAACAAGUAACAGCGACCCACACCUGUUGAUGUGAUCAGAUCAAGAGACAGCAUUUGCAGUUGGUUGGUGACGCGGAUAGAAGAUGUGGAAAAUGCCUGCCUUUGCAUGCACCCUCAAGGCGUCAACGUAUUAGAUUAAAUUGACCUUGGGCCUGGUCAGCAAAGAUAAAGCCUUCUGUGUGACACAGCUAUUUGUUUGUCUGUGCAUAUAAAACACCUUGAUGACCAUCAGUGGCGCAGGUGAAGCCUUGACGUUUCACUCAGACUCUCACACACGCGCUUCUCUCAAAGAAAAAGCGAACUAUGUCGCCAUGCAGAGGAUGAAGCCAUGUCAGAGGUCCUCACAGUCGAGGCUGUUUUGUUUGGGCUCUUGGUCUUUUCUGGCACCUUGGGAAACAUCUUGGUCAUCCAUGUGGUGUUUCAAUCAGCUGUCGAGAGACAGCCUUCGGUACUCCCUCCCUCUGACACUCUUUUGGUGCACCUGUCGCUGGCCAACCUGCUGACCUCGCUUUUCCGCACAGUGCCUAUCUUUGUGUCUGACCUGGGCCUGGAUGUGACGCUGUCUCCAUGGUUGUGCAGAGUCUUCAUGUUGCUGUGGGUGUGGUGGCGAGCUGUGGGCUGUUGGGUGACUCUGGCACUUAGUGUCUUCCACUGCACUACCCUGAGGCGACAGAAUGUGGCCUUUGGACCUCUCGCACAGCGGAGGGAGAGGCAUCGGGUUUGGAUUGUUCUAGGGCUGGUGUGGGGGGCAAAUCUGGCCUUCUCACUUCCAGCUCUGGCAUAUACCACUCAUGUUACUGGCAACGUCACUGUGAAGCUGAUGGUGAUCAGCUGCACCACCAGGCCUCUGCUGGGCUGUGUCUGGGAGUUCCCCUCCAUUGAACAGGGCGCAGCCUUCGCUUCCACCUCGCUGGCACUUAAUGAGGUUCUGCCACUUGUGCUGAUGGUUUACACCAACGUCGUCACACUUCAUGCUCUGGCAAAACACAUCCGAGCUGUUACCUCAGGGGGAGAGUCAGGAGGAACCCAUGGGGAGCUGGACAAACAUGUGUCCACUGAACGCAAAGCAGCUCAUGUAAUCCUGGCGCUAGUGUCACUCUUCGUGGUCUGCUGGGUGUUACAGGUUGCUGCAGUGACGUAUUAUAACCAUAAUAGGGGACAGCACGCUGAAGGGCUGCUGACUAUGGCCCAGUUCUCUGCGUCGCUGUUUGUAGGAUUCAGUCCCAUUGUGGUGGCCCUUGGACAUGGUAAGCUGAGAAGGAGAAUCAUGAGAAUGACAAUGGGGUGGUCUAAAGCUCUAAAAUGUCACAGUGAUGACACUAAUGAGGGGGCGAAAUCACAAAAGGCUAAAAGAAAGAAGGAAAAACAAACCAUUUUUAUUGUUCAAAAAGAGAGAAAGGUCAUACAAGUGAAGGAGAAUGUUAAAGCAAAUGAAUGAUGGAAGCAAAGUGUGACUGCACUGCAUUGAUACUAAAGUACUGAAAAAUACAAAAAUUUACACCCAAUAAGAACAAAAGCAUCUUCAAUUUGAAUCCAGAAGCGCCACACUGCAUUUCCUCUGGACAGAACUCAAAUAUUAUUUUACUAUACUUCGAGAUAUUUUAAGCCAUUUAAUGCAGGUCAAACUGAGAGACUUUGGCUAAGUCAGAAAUCAUUACAGUGCAAUCACUGACUUGGUUUCUUUUAUCGUUUAAAUAAUUUUAUCUGAUCCAAUGAGUCAUUGAUUGUUUCUUUUGAGCUUAGAUGUGUUCUGACAAUUCCUUGAUUUUUCUUCUGUUUGCGCUGUCAAGUUUAUUUGUAAAAGCCAAUAUAUUUUAUUGUUACUUAGCACAAUCAAGACUUCCUGACAGCUCAAACCCAGUCCAAUCUCUAAUACGCCAAAGUGUAGCACAUGGGGAAAAUGACAGAAAGCUCCGCAAGUAAUCCUUAAAAGUUUGCUAUUUGUUUAAUUAUUAUUAACCACUAUAGAUUUCUACAAACAAAUUCAGAAACCCAGCUAUUUCAAAUUGAGAGUAGUCUCCUACUGUCUUAGAAUAUUUCUUCUUAAGAUUUAGCUAAAAUAUUAUUUUGUUGUGUUACACAUAGGAUGACAAAAUAUGAAAUCCUUAGUCAGUAGCCGUCAUGGUAACAACUGUAGAUGGUACAAAACUGUAGAUUUUGCUGAUAACCAUUUAUAAUCUUUAAGGGGUCCACUGUUACAGGGAAUAACAAACACAACACUUUGAUUUUGCUUUCAAAUCACAUCCUUUCUACACUGAACAUAGCAAAAUUUUACACCCAGAUAUUGGCAGGAAAACUAAUGAAAACAUAUUGUAAUAUCAGCUUAAUGAUCAGUUUGAUCGUUUUGGUAGAUUUGUUUUUUGUUUUUUCUUUGGACCAUUUGCUCUGACCAUAAAAUAAAGGCAUCACACCAUCUGUCAGCCCUGUCUACAUAAAGAGUUUAUUUCACAGGGUCAUGUUGCACAAAUCCUUGUAACCUUAAUUAGGCUAUAUAUAUUUUUUUUAGCACUUUGCCUUCCAUUGAGGACCUAAGUACAAAUCCAGUUACACACACAUGCAAAGGUUUACAGAGAGAAACAUCAUAUGUUCAUACCUAUAACCACAAACCUGCUUUAAAUGUUUUGGGGGAAAUUGAUGCAAAUAAAAAGUUGCAAAGUGUACUGUUGGUCGGGAGCUGUGUCAGUGAGCGAGCAUAGACUUGAUGAAAGAGCGCAGCCGCCGGUGGCCAGCUGCCAGAACAACAGGUGACAUGGUGAUGAAGAUGAUGUUGGCAAGACGAGCAACGAUCAGAAGAAACUCCA